AUGUAUUUAAAAGUAGAUAUACUUAGUUGAUAUACUUUCUCAUGAUAACUGUGUUAUGGGAAAAGUUUAUCGGUUGACUUUAUUUGGGUUUCCAUGAUACAUGAUACAACUUCUAUUUCACAAUGUUAUCGAUUCAUUAAUUGAAUUAUUGAUAGCUGCGGCUUCACCAUCGUAUUACGAUUCUGUAAAACAUGAGCGAAACCCACACGUGUACAGUCGUAUUAUAUGACAGUAUAUCGGUGUAAUGUUUUCGUAAUUGAGACGUUAUUCGAAUCAUCGUUGAUUAUUGAUAAUGGUUUUGUUCCGCUAGACUCCUAUUAUCGAUUCAGUGAAACGAAAGGCGGAACUCUGAACUGAGUCAGCCAUAAACUUCCGGUUAGUAUAGUUAGCCUUGAAAAAAUCGACUAUUGUUUUUCACCAGGAUGAAAUUAUCCAAGCUGACGUUAAACGAAUUCGCGAAUACGCGAGGUGCAAAUUUUGGACGAACCGAUUAUUUACGUGAAGCGAAUAACGUAUGGAAUUUUAAGUCUUGAAUAUUUUGCAUCCUCCAAAAAAAAAAGGGGGAUAAGUUAAACGAGCACGAGGUCACCGUGACUAAUUGCGAAACGUGGCACUGAACUUGACUACCGCUAUUGUUACUUUUUCGGUAUUACCCAAUAUGCAGUAUUCGCUUUGUAUAAUUGUUUUUUGUUCAGCCAUACAUGUCUGACUUUGUUCUAGAACCAAGAAUCGACACGCUUCAGAUCAUUAAUAAUUUUAUUUAAUAAUUAAGCUCAAAUGAUAAACGCGUGACUAUCUGUAAAAUUAUUAAUAAUUAAUAAUUUCGUUAAAAGAAAAAUUGAAAUUCAGUAAGAAAUACAUGAAACUACCUCAUGCCAAAUGAUAAAGGGAAAGAAGAACUGAUCAGCCUUUGUUGGAAGUAUGUUAGGUCUGGUAACUGUUGGACGUACGUAUAAUAUGAUAAUACGAUGAAGCAUGUAUAUACAUGGGGUGUAAUUGCACAGCUGUGACUCGCAGCGGAUGCUACUCAAAAUUCAAAUACAAAGCACCGGGCUAUAGUAAGGAUAUAAUUCAAUUCCAAAGCGGUCUCAUAUCCUACAGUGUAAGAGGCAGGAGCGUAGCCGAUACAGUUUGUUGGUAAGAAGAGCAUUGCUCUACGAUAGUGUACAAGUACUUAUUUAUAUACGCAUUAAGAGUGUCAAAAGUGACUGAUGGUUGAAGAAAUGGUUUCAUAAGCUUUGACAUAGAAAUUCACACGAGACAUGAUAAUUAGAGUUCUUAGGAUCAGAAGUAAAUAUAAAUUACUCAAUUUUCAAAGGCAAGUAAAUUUUGGCAUAUGGAUUUUUAAAUAAUACCUAUAUAUGACGACACCAUGGUACCACGAUGAUAUCGUGUCUAUAGGUACUAUUGUGAAAUUUAGGGGACUCAUUGUCAUUGAAAACCAUAACGAGAUGGCACUUGAAAAUUUACUAUAGAACAUGUAUCAAUGUACUUACCAUUUUACAGUAAAGAUUUCGCAAUGAGAGGGAGGUCGUUCCGUUCGUGAUAACUUUCAGAAUCUAGAUGUUUCUUGGGGGGCUGAAUUAAUGCUGUUUUAUAAUCUUGUACAAUUAUCUGGUUUCCGGGCAUCGGCCUUGCAGACCACUGACCACGGCCGGAUGCUCUCGUCCACAACGGUCGAAGGAACAACGCGUGAGCCACUGGUGAACGAGGCUUAAGGGAACAUCACCAAUGUAGUUCAACAACCUGAACACAUCUCUCAUUAUGGCAACGAAAACCUGGGAAGUUGUCGCGCGACUACUCUCCAGGCUAAUUGGGAUCAGCUGGGAAGAUUAUUAAGCCGCCUUGUUAAUCAUCGCUAUUCGUCGGCGGAGCGUCGCGGCGCUCGCUGGAGGAUUUAAUACUUUUCUUUUUUUUUGUGGAGACGCGAAAGUCUUCCUCGCAAAAUCGCGUACAUGUUUCAGCAGUUUUCAACUCGAAUACGAGUACCUUGUGUUGGACAGGACGAAUGUGUAGAACUGACGAAUUAUGCAAACGAUUAAACGUAUCUUGGAUACAUGAUGACGUCAGGAUAUAUUAUGCGGAACACUGCAAUGCAUUAUACUAAUUGGACUACAUCGAGGAUAUCUCUUAUCAUCUUCAUAGUCAUCUUUUCGAUAUCCUUAUGCUGUGCGAGAAAUAAUCCUCCACGGUUCCUGAUAGACGGACAGACGGAAAUUGUCCUCAGAUUGAAGGAAGGACCGGAAACGCCAGUAGGAAGUCUAAUUUACAGACUGCGCGGUGUAGAUCCUGAUGGUGAUGACCUGAUAUUUGGCGUACGAGAUCAACCAGGAAGUGACGUAAUAAGAGUGGAAAAUUUCAAUCGCAACGAAGCUAAUAUUUACCUGAAUAAACUUUUGGAUAGAGAAACGCAAGACGAAUACGCAUUGGUACUCACUCUCACCGAUGGCAAAUUAGGAGAUGGGAAUUUCAUCACUCAGAGUUUACUUUUACUCGUGGAAGAUAUAAAUGAUAAUGCACCUGUUUUUCGUCCUCAUCCAACAUCUGUUACACUGCGAGAAGAUUCUGGUCCAGGCAUAUUGGCCACCGUAGAAGCUACUGACGCUGACGAAGGUGCUCACGGACAGGUUGUCUAUUAUCUUCAAGAACUGGACGGAGAUAAUGAUGUAUUUUCUAUUUCUACAAUGAGCGGAAAAGGUAUCAUCCGGUUGGUCGGUCGAUUGGAUUACGAGAGAAAGUAUCUGUAUCAAUUAAGAAUUCUCGCUGUUGAUAGAGCAAUUAACGAAAAGGUUAAUACAGGUACUACAGCAAUAUUGGUAAAAGUGCAAGAUGUUGAGGACCAACCACCAGAAUUUAUAGUUGUUGCACCUGUUACUAGAAUCAGUGAGAACGUGAGGAUUGGUACUUCUGUGUUAAAAGUUAGAGCCAUUGAUGGUGACAAGGGUAUCAAUAAUAAGGUGACGUACAGUAUCACGCAAGGACCAAAUUAUCUUUUUGAUAUUGACGCCACAUCAGGGUUGGUUUUCACUAGAACUCAACUUGAUCGUGAAGCGGAAGAAAACAGUGAUGGAACGUUCGUACUAGAGAUUACUGCUAAGGAAGUAUCCAAAGUCAUCCCUGCUCCAUCGGCGUCCAUGGAAGUCACUAUAAUUCUUACGGAUGUUAACGACGAGACUCCUAGCUUUCGUAGUGGACGAUAUCGAGCAGAGAUCAAUGAAAAUGCACCGCCUAAUACACCCGUUAAUUUUCUGGGUGAUGCAAUUCCCGAAGUGUAUGAUCACGACCUGGGGACUAAUGGUACUUUUAGAAUGUUCAUUGAAGGAGAUGGUGGAAUAUUCGACGUAACGCCAUCACGUGGCAUUAACGAGGCACCAUUUUUAAUUCGAGUCAAAGAUUCAUCGAAACUUGAUUUCGAAAAACGAACAGUUGUGAAUUUUACACUGGUUGCAAAGGAAAUCGCAUCGACAGCGCCAAAAUACAGUGCAGUUCCAGUAACUGUGUUGAUCAAGGAUCAAAACGAUAAUUAUCCAGAAUUCACGGAAAGUACAUACGAAGUUUCCAUUGCUGAGAAUUGUGCAGUUGGUACAACGGUUGCAUGGGUUCAGGCGUUGGAUGAGGAUAGUGGAAAUUUUGGAACACGUGGCGUGAGAUAUACAAAUCUAGGGGGUAGCAUAGCGCACGCGUUGACGCUGAACCCAAUUUCCGGUGUGAUUACUGUGAAGCAAACCGGUCCAGGCUUCGACAGGGAACUGGUGUCCCGUCAUUAUCUCACGGUGGAGGCUCGCGAUGACCUGGGCAAGGGAAACCGCAACACAGCACAGUUGAUAGUAAACGUUGACGAUGUCAAUGAUAAUCCACCAGUAUUUCUGCAAAAUAAAUACGAAGCAGUGUUAUGGGAAAAUCAGGAUCACUUUGAAUCUCCUUUGGUAGUCGAAGCAUUUGACAUAGACUUAAACGGUACAAAGAACAGUGAAAUCGUAUACGCUCUAGUAUCUGGUGAAUUUUCCAAGAAUUUCACAAUCGAUCCAAAGCGAGGAACAGUUACACCGUUACGUCCGAUGGAUUAUGAGGCACUACCAAUUAGUCAAGGUCAUAAAGAAACAUCAGUUCGUCCCCUUAGAUUAAUAGUUAGAGCAAGGGAUAUGGGUAGUCCAAGUUUGAGUUCAGAUGCACCUUUGAUAAUUUAUUUAAAAGAUGUUAACGACAAUGCACCGGCAUUUGAAAGGACUCUAUACAAAAGAAGUAUACCAGAAGAUCUAUCAGGCGGAACAACAGUCUUACAAGUCAAGGCCUGGGACAAAGAUUUGUCAUCACCGAACAAUAAACUCGUAUACCGAAUUCAGGACGGAGCCGGAGACAAAUUUGUAAUCAGUCCUGAGACAGGUAUAAUUAGCGUGGCCCCUGGUUCCAACUUAGAUCCGGAUCUGACGUCACCGAAAACGACGCGUUAUAGCCUAAACGUCAUUGCUAUUGACAGCGGAACGGAAGUUCAACGUACUGCCGAGGUGCUUGUGAAUAUCACGAUCAUCGAUGUCAAUAACAAAUCUCCGGUUUUCAUCGAUCCUGGUACCGUCACCAUUCGAGAAAAUACGCAGGUAGGAGCUUACGUGCAUCGUAUUGUUGCAAACGAUCCGGAUAUAGCACCGAUCUUGCGAUACAGAAUUGAUCCGAAUUCGUCUGAAGCACGAAAUGAAGAGGGUACGAUUAUUAGAACUCAGGAAUAUGAGUAUUUGGCGGCUUUGGAACUGAAUGCGCUGGACGGUCUUUUGAGAGUGGUGCGAUUAUUGGAUAGGGAAAGAGUUGAAAUGAUUAGACUUGGUCUUGUCGUUGAGGAUUUAGCAUCUGUCAAAGGGUUACAAAUAGCAUCGGCAACUCUGACUAUAAUUAUUGAGGAUGAGAAUGAUAACAAUCCAAAAUUUCGAAGACCCUUCUACAGAAGAUCAGUUACUGAAAAUAGUAAAAAUGGCGUGAACAUAGCUAGUAUAGUUGCCGACGAUGCUGAUAAAAAUCGAACGAUCACUUAUUCCCUGGAAAGUCCAAAGGAAGUCACGGAUCUUGUUCAUUUGGAUCCCGAGACUGGAGAAAUGGUUGUUGCCAAUAGAAUUGACAGGGAAAUGUAUGCUUGGUUAAAUCUGACAGUCAGGGCUACUGAUUCUGGAAUACCACCUAGGUCCAGCUUGGCGGAAGUCUUUGUGCAAGUUCUCGAUGAAAAUGAUAAUAAUCCAUACUUCACAACAGAUACUAGCAACGUAACGGCAAUGGAGAAUUCAAAGAUUGGUACCGAAAUUGCUGUGAUAGAAGCUAAGGAUCCUGAUAGCGGUGAUUACGGAAAGAUCACGUAUCUUCUUGAUCGAAUGUCUUCACAGGGAAAAUUUGCUAUAAAUCCGGAAACUGGUGCAUUGACUGUAGCUGACAAUCUUGAUUGGGAAACUAGAAGUUCCUAUGUUUUAGUGAUAGAAGCGUGGGACAAUUAUCAAUUUGGAUACACGGCUGGAGAAUCAAGAAAUGCUUUCAAGCAGAUUGAAGUCUUAGUGGUAGACGUGAAUGACAAUUCACCAAUGAUCGAAGCACCAAAUGGAUGUGUAAGCAUAUCUGAGUUUCAUGAUAUUCGGGACGUCAUUGCCAUUAUCAAGAUCAAAGACGCCGAUGACCCAACGACUCCAAAUGGUCGUGCAAUGCUUAGAAUAUUAUCAGGGAAUGAAUUAGGAUUCUUUAUGCUUGAACAAACUGAUUACUGGACUGCUAGAGUUCAGGCAGUGCGAUCCUUGAAAGGUCAUUUUGGAAAUUACUCGUUGCAUCUUGAGGCGCGUGACCUUGGAACUCCAUCGAAUAAAGAUAAUGCAAUUUUGGAUAUAUGUGUCACGGAUUACAAUGAUAAUCCUCCUAUAUUCAUCAGUCCACAACAUAACACGACAAUUCGUGUGGCAGAGAACGUGACAGUUGGCACGCCUAUCAUUGAAGUAGAAGCAGAAGAUGCUGAUAUGGGAGCAAAUGGGGAAGUGCGUUACCGUUUAAAACAAGAUCUUGCUGGUCAUUGGAGAACGUUUCAAAUUGACGAGAAAAUUGGGACAAUCAGUUUGAAAUUACCUUUAGACAGGGAAACUCAAAAAUUAUAUGAGAUAAGAGUGGAAGCUUACGAUUUGGGAACACCGACUCCACUAAGUUCAGAUUUGGAUUUAAUGAUAUAUGUCCGGAAUAUAAAUGAUUACGAGCCCCAAUUCUUGAUCGAUGUUUUCGACGUGGUUUUUACCGAAGAGCAACCACCUGGAUCAGAAGUUGUGACGGUUCCAGAGACUAUCGACAGGGACGAAGUCGAUGACUUGGAUGAUCCUCCAACUCAAGUUUGUUAUUUCAUCGUUGGUGGAAAUGAUGACGGAAUGUUUGCCUUGGAUAUUUUGACGCACGAGCUCAGCCCUGCCAAGACUCUUGACAGAGAACAACAGGAGGAACACUUGCUACUUAUCAAGGCAACUGAAGACUGUAACACUGUACCUGCCAAUGAGAGUUUCUUUGAUGAAACUGAUGAUACCCUAUUAAAAGUCGUAAUCACUGUGGCUGAUAUUAAUGAUAACCCACCAAAGUUUAUCAGCAAGAUAUUCACGGGUGGCGUGACAACAGAGGCAGAUUUUGGAACUCAAUUUAUGAGUGUAAAGGCAAUAGAUAUGGAUGCAGGAGAUAAUGCAGCAGUCAGUUAUUAUCAAGUUGGAAUUAUUCAAAUGACCCUUUCCGAAGGGUUGGAUGAUAUUAGGAGUCAACCGUUCCUGGUGGACAGACUGACUGGUGCAGUUAGUUUGAAUUUCGAUCCACAACGAGGGAUGAAGGGUUACUUUGAUUUUAUGGUUUUGGCUAACGAUACUCAAGGACUGAAAGAUGUAGCUAGAGUAUUUAUUUAUUUAUUACGCGAGGAUCAGCGGGUUAGAUUCGUCCUACGUCAGCAUCCACCGGAAGUUCGAAAUAGGAUAGAAUCCUUCAGAGAAAUACUUGGAAAUGUCACUGGUGCGAUUGUUAAUGUAGAUGAAUAUAAGAUUCAUGAAAAUCACGAUGGUUCGGUUGAUCGUACAAGAACAGAUUUGUAUUUGCAUUUAAUAAACCGAGAAGACAAUUCCAUUUUGGAAGUGUCGGACGUUUUGGAGCUUGUUGACAGGAACAUUGAAAAAUUGGAUACUUUGUUCAAAGACUUUAACGUUUUGGAUACACAGCCAGCGCAAUCGCAACCGAUCGUUCAAUAUGAACAAGCUGGAACAACAUUUUGGCUCUUGGCAUUAACAUUAUUUCUUGGUGCUCUUUUGAUAUUGUGUAUAGCCUUAUGUUUGUCUCAAAGAGCAUCCUUUCAGCGACAGCUUAAAGCUGCUAACGCAUCUCCUUUCGGUGCUACAGAUUCCGAAUUUAUUCGUGGUCCAGGACGAGUUCCUAAUACGAAUAAGCACAGUAUGGAAGGCUCUAAUCCAAUUUGGAUGCACGCUUAUGAAAAUGAAUGGUUUAAAAACGACGAGUCGUUUAGCCAUACGUCCGAGAGAGAUUCUUUGGACGAAAACGCAUUGAACAACGAUGAAAUAUUGAAUGGAACAAAUACCAACGAAGAAACUACUGAUAACAAACCAUAUUAUAUUCAGCCAAGAACUUCCUCAAUUUCCAGUAGUUUGGAUAGUGCCACAGAUGAGCAAAAUGAUCUCAGCCGUAAAUCGCCACCCCAUCGUCUUCACAAUCCUGUAGUUAACAAUCCUUUGGGUAAAAAACUUGAGACUACGGAAUUGUAAGUGCUUCAUGAGGGAUGUAGAAUGUAAAUGUGACUUUAAAGGAAGUCUUGAAAAUUUUAUUUGGCAGCGAAACAGUUUUAUUUAUACGUAAUAAUCAGUGGUCGUAAAUACUGCGUGUAUCAAUAUAAUAUUCGUAUAUUUCGUACAGUGCAGCACGAGGAUGAUGGUAAACAAUACAUUGUUAUAAGAUACGUAUAACGGCGUAUAAAAUAACACAAUAAUUCCCAUAGUAGAUUUUGUAAAUAAUUAACACCUUUUACUAAGUAUUUAUUUAUUUACAAUUAAUUAAUUAUUAAGUUUCGUUGAUGAAUAAUUAUUUAUUGUCGCGUAUUAUUUCAUGUACUGAGUACAAUCGUAGACUAUAGGUACGUUAACACGAUACCCCAUAUGUCAGAUCAAAUAAUUACUAUAUGUUAUUGUUUAUUGUUAUACGCAGACGUAAUUGUCGUCUUUUAUCCAAGACGAGUAGCGAGAAGACUUGUAAAACAUCGAUUAUACGUUUAAGUGAUUUUUGUACAUCCUUUUGUAGAUAUUUUGUAGUUUCAUAAAGAACCUUUUAACACCUCAAUGGUGAA